UUUGUGUAGAAAUAUCACACAAUCUUAAGCAAGGUAGCCUCACACUAGUUGGCUAAUAAGUACACUAGAAAUGGCCAUGCAAUAUUUGUUAGUGUUUCUUUGCCUUAGCUGCAUGGUUAGCACCCUGGUGCAAGGCCAAGGCACUAGAGUUGGGUUUUAUUCCACAACAUGUCCUCAGGCUGAAUCCAUUGUCAGGACAACAGUCCAGUCUCAUUUCAACUCUAACCCUACUAUUGCACCUGGGUUACUCAGGAUGCACUUCCAUGACUGCUUUGUGCAGGGGUGUGAUGCUUCAAUCCUCAUUGAUGGAUCCAACACAGAGAAAACAGCUCUACCAAAUCUUCUACUUAGAGGAUAUGAUGUCAUUGAUGAUGCUAAGACCAAGCUUGAAGCCGCAUGUCCUGGAGUUGUUUCCUGUGCUGACAUUCUAGCCCUUGCUGCCCGUGACUCUGUUGUUUUGACAAAUGGACCGACUUGGCCUGUACCCACUGGACGCAGAGAUGGUAGGGUUUCAUUAGCAUCCGAUGCUGCAAAUUUGCCUGGAUUCACCGACUCAAUUGAUGUACAAAAGCAGAAAUUUGCAGCUUUGGGUCUCAACACUCAAGACCUUGUCACCCUUGUCGGUGGACAUACUAUAGGAACUACAGCUUGCCAAUUCUUCAGUUAUAGACUAUAUAAUUUCACUACAACUGGAAAUGGUGCUGACCCAUCCAUCGACCCAGCCUUCGUUCCUCAACUACAGGCACUUUGCCCACAAAAUGGCGAUGCUUCAAAACGUAUAGCACUGGACACAGGCAGCUCCAAUAGGUUUGAUGGAACUUUCUUCUCAAACUUGAGGAGUGGCAGAGGCAUACUUGAAUCUGACCAAAAGUUAUGGACUGAUACCACAACAAGAACCUUCGUGCAACGUUUCUUAGGUAUUAGAGGGUUGGCUGGCUUGACCUUUAACAUAGAAUUUGCGAGGUCCAUGAUCAAGAUGAGCAAUAUUGGUGUUAAAACUGGUACCAAUGGUGAAAUUCGCAAAUUAUGUUCUGCCAUCAACUGAAAGAUUUUAUUUAUCUACUUACUGUCAGGCGAAGUCUGAAAGUACUGAUUUAUUUUUAAUUUUCCGAAACUAAUAUGUAAAAUUUAAGAUUUUUAUGUACUUAUUAUCAGGCAAAGUCUGUAAGUAUCAAUUUUAUCUCUUUUCUAUUCGA